AUGAGCAUGUCCACCGGAGUAGCGCCAGCUCCGCUCUGCCAGGGCUUUCUGAAGAAACGGAAAGACAAAAUGAGGCUUCGGUGGGUGACUUGCUGGUUCAGACUUUACAAUACAACUCUCUUUUUCUACACUCAAAAACAUGGGAGUGCUGCAAACCUCAGAGGCCAGUAUUACAUAUAUGAGGUUCAGUCUGUGCGGGAGGUCAGCAGAUCUGAGAGCAAUCGCUAUCUAUUUGAGAUCACAAUGAAAAAUGGGAAGAAGAAAAUGCUGGCAGCAGAUACAGCUGAUGUCAGGCAGGAGUGGAUGGACCAGCUGUGGAAAGCCAUGCUGCUCAAUGACCCAGACAGAUCUGGAUCUAUCACCAAUGGCCAGUGUGAAGAAUCAAAUACUGAGACCAGCAGCACUUCAGUGGACAGCAGAUGUCUCUCCAUUGAUCAAGAGUCAUUCCAGUCCUUCGCUGUUGCUGAUGAGACACAAGACAGUUUGCACACAGACAAUGAAAUGGAGCAAAGUACUGAGGAGUUUUUACUGACGGACUAUGACUACGAUGUUUUACCAUCUCGAAAAGUUGCUGAAGAAGCCAUCUAUGACAGUCCCCCUUCUAAAUGGUCAACCAAUGAGGGAGAACAUGGAGUGACUGAUAGCAUCUAUGAUUUCCCAAACCCUGUGAUUAGGAAAUUGACUGAACAUAGAAUUGAAUCUCUCAGCAGUAGUGAGAGGCCGGAGAGUGGUGGUCUUCUGAGUGACAUGAUUGCCUGUUUGGACAGUGAAUCUGCUGCCUGGGUCAAACUGGCUCCUCCAUGAACCUCAUGGGUCACAAAUUGAUGGCACAAAAACGUUGAAAUAAUCUCCUUGAAUAUUUCUCACAGAAUG